AUUUCGUCGUCUUGGCCCCUAUAGCGAUUCCAAACUUUCCUACUACUUGUUGAUUAGGGUUUCGUUUCCUUAGAUCUCGUCGCUAAAUUCUUCCUCCCGGCGACGAUGUUCCUUGUCGAUUGGUUUUACGGCGUCCUUGCUUCCCUCGGACUGUGGCAGAAGGAGGCCAAGAUCCUCUUCUUGGGGUUGGACAACGCCGGGAAGACCACGCUACUUCACAUGCUCAAGGAUGAGAGGUUAGUUCAGCACCAGCCAACGCAGUAUCCGACAUCGGAGGAGCUGAGCAUCGGGAAGAUCAAGUUCAAGGCAUUUGACUUGGGCGGUCAUCAGAUCGCGCGGCGUGUCUGGAAGGAUUACUACGCCAAGGUAGAUGCGGUGGUAUACCUAGUGGAUGCAUAUGACAAGGAGAGAUUUGCAGAGUCCAAGAAAGAACUGGAUGCACUUCUAUCCGAUGAUGCCCUGGCAAAUGUUCCGUUUCUUAUCCUUGGAAACAAGAUCGACAUUCCAUACGCAGCAUCAGAGGACGAGUUACGCUACCAUCUAGGUUUGAACAAUUUCACAACCGGCAAGGGCAAGGUGAAUCUAGUGGAUUCCAACGUGCGCCCCCUUGAAAUCUUCAUGUGUAGCAUUGUCCGUAAAAUGGGCUAUGGGGAGGGAUUCAAGUGGGUUUCACAAUACAUAAAGUAGGCUCUGAAGUCGAAACUAAAUAGCUUUGCCAGCUUGUGGUUCUUCCAUUGAUUAUGUUCUAAACUCUUGACGAUUAUCUUUACUGUUAUAGCAAAAGAGUUCUGCAUUGUGAGCGCUAUUUAUCCUAAUUUUUCAAUGUUCUUUCCGCUAUGACUGCAUUUAGCAAAAGAGUUCACCUCUUGCUCCUAGUGAAUUUGACUGAUACAUGGUCUUGAGACAUGGAACAAUUGCUGUAAUUAGUAAUAUAAUGCAAACAUUUUCAUGAUUCGUAA